UUGUGUCACAUAGCUACAACUAACAGAGCUUGUGUUCUGAAGAUGAGAUUCCUGGGGAGGACCUGUUUCAUUGUCUUGAGUUUGCUACCAGCUGUUUCUACACAAGGUGGAAGGGCUGUCAUUGGCUCUGAUCAGCCUGUCAUUGCUGAGGCUGGUGAUGAUGUCAUCCUGCCCUGUCACAUUUCACCCAGAGUCAGUGCUGUGGACAUGGAAGUGAGGUGGUUCAGGGAGAGAUUCGAUAGACCUGUUCAUUUAUAUCAGAACCAAAAUGAUCGGCUCAGCAGACAGGACAGUGACUACCAGGGCCGCACUGCUCUCUCUCCCUCUGCACUGCAGAGAGGUGAUAUCUCUCUAAAUCUGAGAAACCUACGACUCUCUGACCGGGGCGUCUAUACCUGCUCAGCUGAUGAUGGAAGAUGGGCUGAAGACGGACAGACUGAACUGAUAGUUACAGGUGGAUGGCGUGUCGUUGGCUCUGAUCAGCCUGUCAUUGCUGAGCCUGGUCAUGAUGUCAUCCUGCCCUGUCACAUUUCACCCAGAGUCAGUGCUGUGGACAUGGAAGUGAGGUGGUUCAAGGAGAGAGUCGACAUGCCUGUUCAUUUAUAUCAGAACCAAAAGUAUCAGGUCAGCAAACAGGACAGACUUUAUUGGCACCGCACUGCUCUCUCUCCCUCUGCACUGCAGACGGGUGAUAUCUCUCUGCAUCUGAGAAACAUCCAGCCCUUGGAUAGAGGCGUCUAUACUUGCUUAACUGAUGAUGGAAGAUGGAAUGAAGAAGGACAGACUGAAUGA